AUGUUGAAUGCAAGAAGUCCAAGCUAAGGCGGUACAAAUUUGGUUCAAAAAGUAUCUAACGAGAUAAUUACAAAUAAAGUUAAAAUUAAUUCAAUAAGUGUGCUAUUACCUUAUAAUUAUACAAUUCAUGAUAUUGCAGAACUCUGCUUUGGAUUUAAUUCGCAAAUAAUAGAUGGACAUAUUAAUAAGGAGGGAAAUCUCAUCAUCAUUUCCACCCAUUAUUUAAAUUUGAUUACUGAAUUCACAAAAUAAGACUAUCUAACUUAAAUUGAAUAGAAGUUGAAUCUGAGAUAGUAUAAUUAGAUAAUUAAUAUUAUAAUUUGCAUCAUUUAGAAAGCCCAUCUUGAAGGUGAGAGAAUUAGUACCAACAAGACCUAACAUUUUUACAACUGA